GCAGCCAUGCUGUAGCGACUUAGGAAUGAAUCGUCAUAACCGAAAAAACACAGAAGGAUGCAGUCGGAGGAAAAGCGAACACGGCAGUCAGUGGACCUGGCGAGCCUGGAGCCAGCAGUCAGGGUAAAGCAGCUGGCGACUUAUGGCGCCAUGGUAGAGGUGGAUCCCAAUGUACCCCCGAGGAGGUACUACCGUUCAGGUCUAGAGAUGGUCAGAAUGGCGAAUGUAUACUUGGAAGAAGGCAACCUUGAGAACGCUUACAUCCUUUAUAUGAAAUUUAUGACUUUAUUUGUGGAGAAGAUUCGCAAGCAUCCAGAGUACACUUCUGUACCUGCCCAAGUAAAGAUAGUGAACCAGACCAAAUUAAAGGAGGUGAUGCCAAAAGCUGAGAAAUUGAAGCAGAAAUUGUUAGAUCAAUAUGCGAAGGAACAUCAGACUUAUAAGGAGAAUUCAAGUAAAAGACGUGCAGCAGAAGAAGAAAGACGGAAGCAAGAGCAGGAAGACGCAAAACUAGCACAGAGGUUGCAGGCUGACGAGAACCGAAGAGACAAUGUGACCAGCACUCCACAUUUAAAGCAUACAGAGCAGUGGGCCGUGUCGCCGAGUGCGCCGCCGGUGGACGGCAUCGUGUACCCCGAAGACUGGCCGGCAGCGCAGCCGCGCCCCGCGCCCCUCUUCCGGCCCGACCCGCCCGAGUCCGCCGCCAAGCCGCCCUUGAACCGCGAGUCGUCGAACUUCUCGGGGCUGCUGACGCCGCUGCUGGCGCGCGCGGCGGAGCGGCCGUCGCUGCGGCGCGUGCGCGCGCCCUCGGCGCUGCUGGCGCGCUUCCUGCGCCUGGCCGCGGCCGACACCGCGCGCAACGUCGAGUGCUGCGGCAUCCUCGCCGGCGUGCUGGAGCGGGACCAGCUGAAGAUCACGCAUGUGAUCGUGCCCAAACAGACUGGCACGGCGGACUCGUGCAGCACAAACAACGAGGAGGAAAUCUUCCAUUACCAAGAUCAGCACAACCUUAUCACGCUAGGGUGGAUACACACGCAUCCGACGCAAACUGCGUUCUUAUCGUCGGUGGAUUUGCAUACGCAGUGCUCGUACCAGCUCAUGAUGCCGGAGGCCAUCGCCAUCGUCUGCGCGCCCAAGUACAACGAGACCGGUUAUUUCGCGUUAACACCAGACUACGGCAUGCAGUUCAUCGCCAACUGCCGCCUGUCUGGCUUCCACCCGCACCCCAACGACCCACCACUCUUCUAUAACGUAAACCAUAUCCACCUGGACGAGACAGCGCCCGUGGAAAUGGUCGAUCUCCGAAGGUGAACACAGACGGGACAUCAGCACUGAAACAAAUUAUAUCGUCCUGUCUUUGCACUAUUGAUUUGAACACGCACUUGUCAUCACCAUACUAAUCGUACUGAGACAUCAGCAUUUUGCUUUGCAAAGUAGCUGGUAUUGACUGAUUGUUUAAGCUAGUUCGCGCCUUGGGUAGUGGCGGGUUGAGGGGGCGGAACUCGCUUUCACGUUCAGGUUAUAAUGCGCUACGUAUGGUAAUGGUUGUAAAGCGUGUUAUAUUGUGUGUUCAUCUUUUUCCGCUGCUAAACGUUAUUUGUAAGGGUCAGAGAUGUGACGUGGUGCCGAAUCCUAUACAACAAAUUGAUGUUGGUCACAAAUAAUCUAGCGAAAACAGCGC